AUGGCCGCACCAGAUCCAAAGGAAGCGUGGUCGCGCCUUCAAAACGAAUUGACACGACGAAGCGCUCGAUUUGGAGGGGCAGGCGGCGGCGGACCACCGAGGGGUGUCUUUGGAGGCCUCGGAGGACUAUUGCUUGUCGGUGGCGGAAUUUGGAUGGCAAAUAAUGCGCUGUUCAACGUCGAUGGUGGUCACCGAGCAAUCAAGUACACCCGAAUUGGUGGCGUGCAGAAGGAAAUCUACAGUGAAGGCACCCACUUCCGCAUUCCCUGGUUCGAGACUCCCAUCACCUACGAUGUGCGCGCAAAACCACGAAACGUCGCUUCCCUCACUGGCACCAAGGAUUUGCAGAUGGUCAACAUAACUUGCCGUGUAUUGUCAAGACCGCGGGUCGAGGCGCUUCCUCAGAUUUACAGGACAUUGGGCACGGACUACGAUGAGAGGGUUCUGCCGUCUAUCGUCAACGAGGUCUUGAAGAGUGUGGUGGCGCAAUUCAAUGCCAGCCAGCUUAUUACACAACGUGAGAACGUUAGCAGGCUAGUACGGGACAACCUCGUCAGGAGAGCCGCUCGCUUCAACAUUAUGCUUGACGACGUCUCCCUUACACACCUUGCCUUCUCUCCCGAGUUCACUGCCGCUGUAGAAGCUAAGCAGGUUGCCCAGCAAGAAGCCCAGCGCGCCGCUUUCGUUGUCGACAAGGCCCGCCAGGAGAAGCAAGCUACAGUCGUUCGCGCCCAAGGUGAGGCCCGUUCCGCGGAGCUGAUUGGUGACGCCAUCAAGAAGAGCAGGAGUUACGUUGACCUACGAGAGUUUGAGAAUGCAAGGAGCAUUGCCAGCAUCUUGCAGCAGAGCAGCAACAAGAUCUACCUCGACAGCAAGGGUCUGGGUCUGGAUAUCAGCCAGAGUAAUGCCGAUAAAGAGCAGAGGGCGAACAGGAAGUAA